AGAUCAGCCCAAUAAGAGCUGUCAGGGGAGGCUCCCAGCUCACUUUUCCACAUCACUUCACAGUUACAUUUGGCAGGCAGGCACGUUGGAGCGCUCAGACCCGGAAUUAGUGGAUUUAUUUGGAAUAUCCCUGCUUUCCUGGAGACGUGCUGCUGCCGCUGGCUUGUGCGAAGGGAGAAAUUAAUAACUGCACUUUAGCAUGCAGGCGCAGAAACCCGAGAAGCUAAGUAACCAGCAUCUCCUCCAGCAUCAGCAGCCUCAAAAAGCAUGAGAAGAAAAUCUGGAGAAUCCUGCCUGUUCACAGGGACUGGCUAAUGUUUUUUACCUCAGCCUUUCAAUCCGUGCGUGAAGUGGCUGUCAGCAGGCGGUUUCCUUGGUCCUUGAAAGAGAAUCUUUAAUGACUGGAAAACUCAAUGGAUCAUGUUUUUAUAAUCUAAGCUAUUUUUACCUUGACUGUGCUGUAAACACAUGGAGGAGCUCUUGUGGUACAAUGCCAGAAAGACUAACGGAAAUGCUUAUGGAUACGUGGACUCCAUUAAUAAUAUUAUGGAUUACUGUCCUUCCUUCCAUUUGUAUGGCUCCAAUGAAUCAAUCUCAAGUACUACCAAGUGGAUCUAGUACAGGACUAAAAAGGCUAACUGAAGAACAAAGAGUUUUGAACCGUUCCAAGAGAGGCUGGGUUUGGAAUCAAAUGUUUGUAUUAGAAGAAUUUUCUGGACCUGAACCAAUACUAGUUGGCCGGUUACACACAGACCUGGAUCCUGGCAGCAGCAAAAUCAAGUACAUUCUGUCAGGAGAUGGAGCUGGAACAAUCUUUGUGAUCAAUGACAAGACUGGAGACAUUCAUGCAAUGAAAAGGCUUGACCGGGAGGAAAAAGCUGAGUACACUCUAACAGCUCAAGCGGUCGACAGGGACACGAACAAACCUCUGGAGCCUCCCUCAGAAUUCAUUAUUAAGGUUCAAGACAUCAAUGACAAUCCCCCAGAGUUUGUUGAUGGCCCAUAUCACGCCACGGUUCCAGAAAUGUCUAUUGUAGGCACCUUUGUAACUAAAGUCACAGCCACAGAUGCAGAUGAUCCAGUUUAUGGAAAUAGUGCCAAGCUGGUUUAUAGCAUCCUGGAAGGACAGCCUUACUUUUCUAUUGAGCCACACACAGCUAUAAUUAAAACAGCUCUUCCCAACAUGGACAGAGAAGCCAAAGAAGAAUACUUCGUGGUCAUCCAAGCAAAGGACAUGGGAGGACACAUGGGUGGACUCUCUGGAACUACAACUGUGACAAUUACUCUCACUGACGUUAAUGACAAUCCUCCAAAGUUUGCACAGAGUCUGUAUCACUUCUCAGUAAUGGAAGAUGUUGCUCUUGGUGAACCAAUAGGAAGGGUGAAAGCAAAUGACCUGGAUAUUGGAGAAAAUGCUAAAUCAUCCUAUGAUAUUAUUGAAGGAGAUGGAAUGGAUAUAUUUGAAAUUACCACAGAUGCCCAAACUCAGGACGGCAUUAUUAGAGUGAGAAAGCCACUGGACUUUGAGACCAAAAAAUCCUAUACUCUGAAGGUAGAAGCAGCCAACAUUCAUAUUGAUCCUCGCUUCAUCAGUGGGGGACCAUUCAAGGAUACAGCAACAGUAAAAAUUGUAGUAGAGGAUGCUGAUGAGCCACCAGUCUUUUCAUCACCCACCUACCUACUGGAAGUGCAUGAAAAUGCUGCUAUUAACGCUGUGAUUGGUCAAGUGACCGCCCAUGACCCCGACGCGUCUUCCAGUCCCAUAAGGUUCUCCAUCGAUCGACACACUGACCUUGAGAGACAGUUCAACAUUAAUGCAGAAGAUGGGAAAAUAACCUUGGCAACACCCCUGGACAGGGAAACAAAUACGUGGCACAACAUAACUAUCGUAGCUACAGAAACUAGAUACGCAGUGGAAAUCCCCUCCUGGCGCUCCGCCUGGUCAGCGGGGAACCACAGUCAAGUGUCCCGGGUGCCUGUUGCUAUCAAAGUUCUUGAUGUAAAUGAUAACGCUCCUGAGUUUGCAUCAGAGCAUGAAGCCUUUUUAUGUGAGAAUGGGAAGCCUGGCCAAGUAAUUCAGAUUGUCAGUGCCAUUGACAAAGAUGAUCCUAAAAAUGGGCAUUACUUCCUAUACAGUCUUCUUCCUGAAAUGGUCAACAAUCCAAAUUUCACCAUCAAGAAAAAUGAAGAUAACACUCUCAGCAUAUUGGCAAAGCACAGUGGCUUCAGCCGGCAGAAGCAGGAAGUCUAUCUGCUGCCCAUCAUAAUAAGCGACAGUGGGAAUCCCCCCAUGAGCAGCACUAGCACCCUCACCAUCCGCGUCUGCGGCUGCAGCAGUGAUGGCAUCGUCCAGUCCUGUAACGUCGAGGCAUACGUGCUUCCCAUUGGACUCAGCAUGGGGGCCCUCAUUGCAAUAUUAGCCUGCAUCAUUCUGCUGCUGGUCAUUGUGGUGCUGUUUGUAACACUAAGAAGACAUAAGAAUGAGCCUCUAAUCAUCAAAGAUGAUGAAGAUGUGAGGGAAAAUAUAAUUCGCUAUGAUGAUGAAGGAGGUGGAGAAGAGGAUACAGAAGCUUUUGACAUUGCAACUUUGCAGAAUCCGGAUGGAAUUAAUGGAUUUUUGCCUCGUAAGGAUAUUAAGCCUGAUCUUCAGUUUAUGCCCAGGCAAGGUCUUGCACCUGUUCCUAAUGGUGUUGAUGUUGAUGAAUUUAUUAAUGUAAGGCUUCAUGAAGCCGAUAAUGAUCCCACGGCUCCACCAUAUGACUCCAUCCAGAUUUAUGGCUAUGAAGGACGAGGGUCAGCGGCUGGUUCCCUUAGCUCUUUGGAGUCUUCUACAUCAGACUCAGAUCAGAAUUUUGACUACCUCAGUGAAUGGGGUCCUCGCUUUAAAAGACUUGGAGAACUUUACUCAGUUGGAGAAAGUGACAAAGAAACUUGACAGUGGAUUACAAACUUUUUCACUGUUGACUUAAUGAUCAUGUAAUAUUCUAGGGCCACUGCUGUUAGCUAAAACUAAUGUGGCUUUUUGUUUUAGAGGCAAGUUUAGCGCCAGUCAUCUAUAAAAUCAAUUACAUUGUAAUGUUGAACCAAAAAAAAAGUAUAUGUUAGGAGGUUAAGUCUUGUGGAGUGUGAAGUAAAGUAUGUGGAGUGUCUAGAAGUCUUUGGAUAUUUGAUAUUCACUUGACCACUCUGAAGAUGGAGAUUUGGAUCUUUGAUUAUCUUCAGUGAGUUGAAAAGAACAAAAAGAAAUUGGUGCUUUCUUAGAAAAUGGACUUGCAGGGAUUUUGCUGUUUAACAGUAGCUCCUGCCAGUAUGUGUAAAGCUAAUGGUUUGUUUCUGCAUUGCCAACAAAGAUCCCACCACAGAAAUGUUAAAAGCAAUAUCUUGGUCUUCUUAGCAAUGCUGAAUAGAAAUAGCAUUGUAAAUUCCUACUGGCUUCUACUGUGCAGUGACCAUACAUUGUACAUACAGUAAUUGUUGGCCACGUAACCACAGACUGAAUAUCAUCUUUAAAUAUUGUGUCAAGCCUUAAAAUAUUCACAUGUUCUUAAUCCAUUCCAGUGAUGGGUAAUAAAUCCUACCAAUGUGCAGAGAUUCAGAGGCAGGGCUACAAAACCUUGCUUUACAAAAGGAUCUUUUUCUAGAAGAAGGAUCAAUCCUGUGCUUCGUCUUCUGAAAGUAAAGAAAAAACUGUGAAGGGGGGAUGGACUUACAUAUAUGAAAGAAUUGCUGAUUUUAUUGCUAAAGAUCGAAUUUAUUUGUUUAAUCUUUGAAAUAAAUAUUUUAUUGAUGUCCAUUACGGCUUUUAUUUAUUAAGACUGAUAAUCUAUAGAGUAAGAUUAUGAAGAAAACUAAAUUAUAUCCGUUAGAUUUUUUUCUAUAUAUAAUGAAUGUUUAAUACAUGUACAUUUUGAAAAGAGAAAUGACAAAUUGUUGCAGGUUAAAGCAGUAACCUAUCCAUUUGCAGUAGCUGAAUUUUAAGAGAAUGCUGGCAGGAAUAAACCUUUCCCAGAGAAAACUUUUGACAGUUUUUUAUCUUCUUCAUAAAUCUAGUACCUGGUGUUUUUAAUACAAGCACAAACAGCUGGAAGUAAACUGGUUCAUGUGAAUAUUUAAACUAUAGACUUUUAGAAAUCCACACAUAACACAGUACAGUAAAAAACAUGCUUAUAGUUCUCCACUGUAUUAGAGCAGGAACCAGUGUGUACAUAAUUUUACUGCUUAUGUUAUUAGCAUUUCUUUUCUAUAAUAUUCAUAGUGAUGCACCAGGGCUCUUGCACACAGAGAAAGAACAACACUAGAAGCUGCAAGCAUACUCAAUUUGUAAUGCAAACUUGCCAUUUAGAAGUAGCAAUUGUAUAAUAAAACUACGUAUUACAUGCAAAUCAUUUUAAUUUUCUACUUUGUUUUGAAGCUAUAUUAUUGUUUGUUUAUUUACUCCAUGUAUUGUAUUCAGAGAAACUCCUGUAUUGUUUCCUACUUUGUGAAAUAUAUUUUUAUAAAUACUUUU